UACUAAACACUGUAAUGUAAAGCACGUGGAAGGCAGAAAUUACGCUAUGUAUUGCAGUUCUAAACUAAAUCUCUAGUCUCUCUAGGUAAUGGAUUGAAGUUAAACAGAGAAAAUCUUGAUCUGGAAUAAACAGAGCAUCUAUCUUUACGUGAUACAGUUUUGAAUUUAACUAUACAAAUUCAUCAAGCAGUCAUUGCACAAAUUUAAUCGAAGGCUGUGCUUACAAUGGAUAAAAAGAAAUCAAAAGGCGCAUUGAAGAAAGUUAGAAAGACACUGUCUCUUUCUGCGAUGGGAAAGAUUUCCCGUGAUGCAAUUAAAAGAAGCAAGAGCAUUGACAAUCAACUUCAAGCUGAUAAAGACAAAAAACAAAACGAGUUAUCUCUCCUUCUUCUAGGUGGCGCAUGUUGUGGAAAGAGCACAUUUGUAAAGCAACUACGAAUACACUACGGAGAUGGAUUUCCCGAGGAAGAAAGACUACAAUACAAGAAUCAAGUGCAUGAAAAUAUUUCGGGAGCAGCUAAUAAAAUCAUAGACAAUAUGCAACGUUUAAAGAUAACAUUUGAAACAGAAUCAAUGCAGAGUCAAUCAGAAGAGUUUCAAAGACGAAAUCCCGUCCUGGAUAUCAAUGAAAUGCUCAAGAAUACCACACCAGUAGAGGAUAAACCUACUUCAACAAAAGGUGCAAACUGUCUACUAGCAAUGGCGUGUAAUGAACUCACAAAAAGGUUCGCGUAUCUAAAUAUCAAAUGUAAUGGACUUUCAGAGAUUGAUCAGAAACUGUUGUUGCUGUUUUGGACAGAUACAAAUUAUCAGAAGAGUUUCAGACUUCUUCAGGAAAUGAAAGGACGUCCAGGUUCAUUGACACCCCAAGAAAUUUAUUUCUGUGAUAAUAUGGAACGUAUGCUGAAAGGGAAUUACGUGCCAACUCAUCAAGAUAUCUUAUUUAUACGACGUCCAACACUUGGAGUAAUUGAACAUAUUUUCCAUGUUGAUGACCUGAUUUAUAGAGUAAUAGACGUGGCAGGACAGAAGAGUCAAAGAAAAAAAUGGAUCCACUUGUUUGAGAGCGUAACAGUUGUGCUUUUUUUUGUGGCUCUCAGUGCGUUUGACGAGGUGUUAGAAGAAGAUGAGACAUUGAACUGCUUGACUGACAGUCUCAACACAUUCCACGAUGUUUCACAUAAUCAUUAUCUCGACAAAACAGAUUUUCUGUUAUUCCUGAACAAGCAUGACCUCUUCACAGAAAAGCUUAAGUCUGUGAAGUUCAAAGGUUACGUUAAGUCAUAUGAUGGUGAAAAUUCACCGGACGCAUGUGUAAAAUUCAUACGCGAUUUGUUCCACCAACACCAUCCAUGUCAUAAACAAGUGUAUACACAUGUGUCAUGUGCUACAGAUGUUGAAAUGAUGAGUGAUAUUCUAGCAAAAGUUUUAGACAUUGUUGCAGAAAUAAACGUUAGAAAAUCAGGGACCUUGUUCUAAAUAUUAAAAAGUGUAUUUGUGACUAGAUGACGUCGUUUCAGGUGAAUUUACUGAAUAACUUGAUGACGAUUUUCACACUAAGACGUAAAUGAAAAUAAGGCAAUGUGAUUGAGUAGUGUAGUGUAUAUUACAUAUUACUUCAUCUAUGCAUAACUGUACAGCAAUAGUGGGAAUAGGAAGUAGACAAUCAAAUAUUGGACGUAGUCCGAUAUAUAUCUAUGGAAAACUGAUUAAACAUCAAAAAUAUAUAUAAGAAAUUUGACAUAUACCUAGUACGUGAAAUCAUACUAAUAUCACCAUACAUGUACUAGGUUAACAAUAUUCUACUUCUUCUACAAGUUAGUAUUUAAUAGGAAGCUCCUUUGUAACCACAGAACGCAGUCAAGCAAAAUCAUAUGGCAGAUUCGGCUUUUGAAGUCUGUUGUUGGGAUACUAUAACGUGGGAUAGUUUAACAUUUUAAGACAGAAACAUAUUAAUGACACAAAUCAAACAAUAAUUAGUGACACACAGUUACACGCCUAUAGAUCAAACUACUUUACAUUUUAUUUUACGUUUUCCAUUAAUGGUAUAGCCAUGACUACUUAUCUUUUGACGCUACUUAUCUUAUAACGGAGUAAAGUCGCAUUACAUAUCUCUCAUGACCAAACACAAACAAAACGCAACCUGCUAGUUGUUGUUUGCUUGGUUACAUUCUAACAUAUUUUAUUUGCAAUUACAACAGUAGUCUUUAAGCGCCAUGUGGCGGCUGUAAAAUUGGACACGCACUUGGACACAAUGUUGUUAUAUUUUCUUGUCCUUUAGGAUCAAUGAGGUCCAUUCAAUGUUUACGGGUAAUAGAAAUCGUCCUAAGAUAGGAGGCAUGAGGGGCGUUGCAUAUUUCAUAACCUCUCAAAGAGUCUGCCAUUAGUUUGCUUGGUUGUUUUCUAUGCUUCCAAGUGAUAUUCCAACAUAUUUUAUUCCAAAGGAUCUUCUGAUAGACUUUACUUCUGUCACAACAGCAAUCGUUUUUAAGCGUCGCAUGGCGGCAGAAACUCCGCGACAGGUGCUGCAAAUUUUAUUAACUCUUAUAAGCAAUUAAAUUGAUCUUCUGUCUGAUUUAAGGUAACAAAUGUAGUACAAAUACUCCAUGCUGUUGUCUUUGACGAAAACCUCCAACCAUGCUUCAGAUAGUAUAUCGCGCAACCUCAAUUGACAGAAUUUCCAUACAUAUGUUAUAUUGUUUUUGUUGUUGCAUUUUAAAAAAGAGAAAAACAGAAGUCACGCAGACAAAAUUGUAGGUGAUAUGGCGCCUUUCCAGCCUUUUGUGGGAUAGAAAGACCCAUGGAGUCUGGUAUUUUUCCGGACACGGACGGAUAUUAGGGUAGAUUCACCGACCUUCCGUAAGCAAACUGGAUUGCUUCCUCAAACUAGGUCUCGAACCCACAGCAGUGAGGGGCUAGUGAUUCUCUUUCCCUUUUGUUAUA